AUGGCGCUGGAGUCUCUCGCUCCGGAGAUUCUGUUAAUAAUCCUCGAGCAUGUAUUCUCUCCGCUCGACAUGAUCGCUGCUAUUAAUGCCUCACCAAACUUAUACCGAUCUUACAUCGCCUACAAGCAACAUCUCCAAGAAAAUAUUUUAACUCGAGCCAUUCAUCCCACAUGCCGAGCAGACGCCUAUACGGCGCUGGACGUCCAAAACAUACAACGGCAGAUCACGUCAGGUACCAAAAUCACAAAACUAAAAGCAGAAUGCUUUUCUAUCUUCGUCACCGACCGGAAACGCCGUUCUCGGAAUCAUGGUGUGUUCAAAGUAGACGACGACAAAUUGGAAACAUUAUUCAAUCUUCAAGCCAGCACCGAACGCCUUAUUGAUACGUUCUGUCAUUGGUCGCUGCGCAAUCUCUUCUCAAAAGAUCACGACCACCCCCCAUUACCUCCAUCAACGACAAUCCCAAGAGCAAAUUUAUCGUAUACAGAACAGGCCCGUCUCCAGCGAGCUUUCUACCGUUGUGAAGUUUUCGCAAGAUUCCAUCGAGUCCUUCAGCUCCAGGAUAAGAGCUCCGCGAUGAAUUUCAUCCAGAUUGUUAUGAGUUUCGGCUCGCAGUUCCGACAGCAUGAAUUCGAAGAAAUUGUCUGUAUUCGACAGUUUCUUGCAAAAUGUGUUGAAUCGCUCUGUGAGACACUAGAGGAUGAUUUUACUACCUUUUGCUCGAAAAAGAGUCUUCUCGACGCGGGCGUCGAGAGGAAACCUGAUCAUAAGUAUGAUACACUCAUCGAGAAGGACAACACUGGGACCCCCCUCAGCAAGACUUUCAAAGAUUGCGGGCUAUUUCUUUUCACGAAUGAGUAUCGCAGUACGCCAUAUCACGACAAUCAUGUCAAAUACCUCGUUUCCUGCGGUCCGGCUUAUAUCCUUUCCUUGAAUAACCUACCACCUCGAGAUCUCCGAGACGUCCUCGUGAAAUCUCAGCGUUAUUCCAAUGAUUUGGAUGUAAAUGAUUACUUCGUUACGGGGACUAUGAUAGACGAGAACAUCGACAAGAUAUCUAGAAAGUCGUUCUAUUACGGCAAAGUGGUUUCCAUUGAUCGCGAUGAAGUUGAUUCGCACAAUCUGGGGUGGGAAUGGGGGACUAGUUUUGACACGGAUGUCAAGCCAGAUUCUCCGUCAAAUGCCAUACUUCGAGACAUGGGUUAUGUCUUUUGGGAUGUGGGACGUUUGGUGGAUUCGGGGCUUGUGAUUGAGCCUUAUGUUGUUGCUCUUGGGACUGAGUUUUUCCCGCCUGGGUUCAAGAGGGCCUUUUCUAGACCUAGCGUUGAGGAGCGGCUCUUUGGAUGGAAGCUUGAUACAAAUGUACUGCGAGAGUGGAGGGGUGUAUAG